UGCUCUCAGCAGAACCGCUGAGUCUGUGCUUUGCGCUGCGCUCGGAUACUGCAUCCACGAUGAGGCGCCUCCUGCUUUUACCUUGCGCUGCCUCGCUUCAGCAGAAGACAGAGGAACAGAUGGAGGUUCCUCAGUGAGUCGCUCACAUCCUCGUUGCCUUUUCUAAUGCGCAGUGGAAGUCUCUUCUCUGGCAGCAGCAGUGGGGGAUUAGGGGGGAACCCAGAAACGAGAGCACUGCAAACAGGUGUUUACAUCCUAUGGCUGAGCACUGAGCUUCCUUCACGACGGCCUGCCUCCUCGAACACCGUCUGCACAUGUACUUUAGAGACAUGAUGCAAAGCCACUAGCAGAGUCUGGGGUUUGUGCGUAAUUGUUGUGCUGCUGAGGAGAUGGUACAGUUGGGGGAGCAUGCGGCGCGUCGUGGUGAAAGACUUUGCGCAGCUUCACGGUGGAAUGUGUGGUUUUCAUUUUUUAAGUUUCACUUUUGUUCACGGACAUGCCACGGAGAAUUUCUGAGUGAAAAAUGAUUCGCCUGGACAUCAUCUAACAGGCCUCACCGCACCGCUGGGACUAUUUGAUUGAUGAAUUCUUCAUGAUCUACUUUGUCAUUUAACGCAUCGCUGUAGUUGCCUCAGAUUGUCACCACCGCGUCUGGACGUUUUCCCCUUCAGAAUCCAGUUUUUCUGGAUUCAAAGGGAGUGAUAAUUUCCACGCAAGUUGUUUUUUCCAAAGCGCUGCCAAACUGGCCAUGGCAGCAGCGAUUGCCAGCUCCCUCAUACGGCAGAAGAGGCAGGCGAGGGAGCGGGAGAAGACGAAUGCCUGCCGCUGCGUGAGCAGCCCCACUAAAGCCAAAGGGAGCUGUGAAAAGCCCAAUCGACUGAACGUUUUCUCCAGAGUCAAACUCUUUGGUUCCAAGAAGAGGCGAAGGAGACGACCAGAGCCCCAGCUGAAGGGGAUAGUGACGAAGCUGUACAGUCGACAAGGUUUCCACCUGCAGCUGCAGGCAGAUGGAACCAUUGAUGGAACGAAGGAGGAAGACAAUGGUUACACCACGUUCAACCUUAUUCCAGUGGGGCUGCGAGUGGUGGCUAUCCAGGGGGUGCAGACCAAACUCUAUCUGGCUAUGAACAGUGAGGGCUUCCUGUACACAUCAGAACACUUUACGCCAGAGUGCAAAUUCAAGGAGUCGGUGUUCGAGAACUAUUAUGUGACAUACUCCUCCAUGAUAUACCGGCAGCAGCAGUCGGGCAGGGGCUGGUACCUCGGUCUGAACAAGGAAGGAGAAAUCAUGAAGGGGAACCAUGUCAAGAAAAACAAGCCAGCAGCCCACUUCCUUCCCAAACCUCUAAAGGUGGCAAUGUACAGAGAACCAUCCCUCCAUGACUUGACAGAGUUCUCCCGCUCUGGCAGUGGCACGCCCACUAAGAGUCGGAGCGCCUCGGCCGUGCUCAACGGGGGCAAAGCCGUGAGCCAGAACGAGUCGACGUAGCCCGGUCGCCGAAUCCAGGCCUGUGGCCGAACCAUGAAACCUUACCUCCAGCAGAGCGUGACUCCAAGCAGACUUCUCUCACCGAUCAGCUGUUCAGGACUAGCUACAACAAACAACACACAAAGACCCACACACCAUCUAUAUAUUAAUAAAAAAACUGUCAAUCAUUGUUUCUGUCUCAAAAAUAGUAUCAAUAUUUAUGAAACUUAAAGGCACAUAAACCAUUCUGGACUUUGAAAAUAAUAAUAAACUUUUUUUUUGGGCCUUGAGAUCAUUUAUUAUCUUGAUCACUCUUUUGGUGAUGAUUGCAUACCAGUUAGCUCAUGUUUAUCUCACGUUGUUUUGUCUUGAUUUCUCACGUGGACAAUAACUUAUCUUAGGUCAUUUAGACACCAAGCACUCGUGCAUCUGUCAGACAGGGACAGGAAGUUAGACGUGUAGGCAUUCAGGGCAACCAGUAAUGGUGCUGGUGUACAAAGGCUGCGGUGGUACAGUACAAGCCCUGAUCUCUGUCUCUUCCCUGCUUCUGUGAAUACAAAGCCUAUAAACUCCCUGGCGCGGCACAGCCUGGAGUUGCUGGGACUGUGGCCAGCCAGACGGUAGCUCUCCUGCAUCCUAGUGCACACGCUCCGAGACUGAGCUCUCUAGCAUGGGAAAACGAAGCCUAUGUUCAGCUGACCUGAAAUAUAAAAGGGGCAGUGUGGCUCUCUUGCAGUUUUUUUUUUCCAGAGACACCACAGCUGCACCUUGUUUUUUUGCUAAUUUUCUGAAUUAGCCGAGAGCUUUUUAUUUGACAACUGGUUUUUGUUUUUGUCCCCUGUUGUUCUCUCCCCUUACCAUUGUUCAGUAUUUGAAUUCUUUGUCACCGUUUGAUCAUUGAAAGAAAUUCCAGCAAACCAAAGACAGAACGUAAGAGUGUCCCUUUAAGCCACUGAAAACCGAGUCAGAAUAAAGGCAAAGCUGGAAUUUUAUUUUCAUUGUACAUUUUUAAUGAAAGAAAAGCAAAGAUUUUGUGGGGCAAAAAGGAACAAUGGUAAAAAAAAAAGGAAGUGAUUUUAAACACUUAAAAGUUGGCAGCGUGCUUGAUGUCGUGCUUUUUGCUGAUGUGCUCAAUGGCCACGGUCUGAAACAAUUAAUGUGUCCCCAUUCCCUCUGUUACCUCUGUGUUCACGAUGUCUCCGUCUUUUGUCCUCGUGAUCUGUUUUCCCCCCCCUCUGUGCUUGUGUCAUGCUUCAACCCGCCCCGCCAUCCUUUUUUGUCGACUUCUCUUGACUGAUACAGUCCACCAUAGGAAUAUGGUGCAACAAGCCCCUUCCCAGGAUGCUUGUUAUGUGUUUGAGUAACUUAUUGUGGUGACAAUAUUUUCUAUAUUAAAAAAAAAGAAUACUGUGGACUUUUAGGUGGCUUAACAUUUUAUAGGACACGUCAUAUUUGUAAAAGUGAAAAAAUGAAGAUAAAAAAACUAAAAACAAAAAUGAACAUCUUCCCUUUCUUGCACAGGGCAUGUACAAACACAAUUAUGUACAAAAAGGACCCUUUUUAUGGGCUAUGUACUCUUCCCUUCAGCUACAUAACUUCUUUCUGGUACAUACUUCUGGGAGGUUUUCUUUUCUUGGUUUCCUCCGGAGGUGGUUUGUAUUAGGUGAACCUAUCUGUUGCAUGGGAGAAGGCAGGGAAAUUCUGGUCUAGAGCUGCAUGAUGUAGGCUAUGUGUAUUAACCCAUGUUGGAUCAUGUGUUCCAAGCUACCAGGCUAAAUCUGAUGAAACAACAUAUACAGACGGGCAUUGUGGCUGUCUGAUAACUUCCAGUUGUUUAUUAUUUGUUGUAUACACAAAAAUGCACUGAAUAAAAUGUUUAUAUUAAGAUAUACUUUUAAAA